AUGGCAAAACUGAGGAUGCAGCUAGUGUGCGCGAUGCUCCUGGCGCUCGCCUCAUGGAGCCUGUGCUCAGGUAAGUCCCGUUACUGCAGCCUCUCUCUGCAGGGCGAACGGCAAGGGGCGCCUCUUUUCGGGCUUGCCUCCCUCUCUGGCGAGGAGGAGGACGCGGGGCGAUUUUAUGCUAAGCUGGGAGAGCCGCAUGCAGGGGAGUCUGCGUUGCGAAAUGCCUAGUCAAUCGCGAAAUACUUGGUCAGUUUCAAAGAUUGGGCGCUCAACAGGGCGGAUGCUGUGGUGGAGCCGCUCUCAGGAGGCGUCUAAACUCGGAGAUUUAUUGCAGUGUGCGUGUGCGCGCAAGACUAACACACAACUUUCAAGGGAGCGUCUGCGUGUGAUUGCCAACGCGCGCGCGCUUCUCCUCUCUGCAUCUGCUAAAAAAACCGGACCAAAUGUACCAAAAUAGUUCACUAUAAGCUAUCUUGAUACAGUUGGCCACAUCGAGGAAGAUUCGUUCUAGGACUCUGAAAACAGAUGAACCACACCUGAAAACGAAUGAAAAAUUCCUAUGGCUUAAUCCAGGCUUGGAUAGGCUUGCGGUGCGCUCAGCCCUACACAUGGAGAAAGAAGGUGAUUCUAGGUCAAAACUGAAAGAAGACCGUUUAAUGUGAAACAAACAGUAGAUCCAUUUUGAAGACAGGCAACUCGGCUCUGGUCCUCAGGUGUACUGUACGUUUGCUGGCUAGUUUUAGGGCAGGUCACCUUUUUAACCUGUAAUUCAGUUCUUUUUUGGUAAAAUACAAUGAGGAAAGUAAUCUCAUAGGCUGUUGUGAGAACGAGGGUGCUUUCAGAUGGGCACUUAAUAUUGUUAAUGGGUUGUUCAAAUAUAAAAGGGUUAUUGUCAACAGGUGGUGCACAUAUGUGUGUGUGUGUACGCACACAGUGCUAUUUUUCUUGAAAAAGAGGUUCACUAUGAAAACCUCCCUCGUUCUCUUCGAAUGGCAAUGGCGCCCACCUGAGAGGUGCCAGAACUGAGUUCCCUGCAUUUUCCCCAGAAAAAGCAAAUCCUGAUUAAGUGAGGUGGAGGUCGAAUUGGGCUGGCAUUUUGAUGCCUUGACAUCUUAUGGAUGCUGUGAAAAGCAUGCAUACCCAGGACACACCCAUCCAUAACCAUCUCCUAUCUGAAAGUACCCUGAAUGGGAUAAGAAUGUACAGUUACUUGAUUUGGCUCAUAAGGUGAGGAAUGGCUGCAAAGUAAAAGAGAAGGUUCUUUCUGAAACUUUGGGCAAGAUUUCCUGAAAGGGCAAACUGCAUCUUUCCAGUCUGUCCAUAGCUGAAACUCAUCAAUGACAUGGUUGAUUUCACAUGAAUUUAAAGGAUCAGAAAUAACUUUUCUCAAUGAAAAUGCGGGUUUAAAUAAAUGUAGCAGCAGAUCACCAUAAAGAUAUAAAGAAAACAUAGGGAUAUUUAAUGCAAAUAUACUGCUUUAAAUCAACUCUCCUCACCUCCCAAGAAUUAUCUUUUAGUAACUUGUACUUUGGAAUAUCAUUUCCCAUAAUGAAAAAAGCUGCAGUGUGCAUAAUGCAAAAUAGUCUGAUAUUCCUAUGAUACACAGAGAGAUAUAAACUAGGGUAAACCAAGUUCAAAUCAAAUGUACAUGUGUUUCAUGACUAUUCAUGAAAUAUUUCAUGGAGUAAAGAUGUAUUUUGUAUUCAGCUGCUUCAUUUAGAGUUCAAAACUGUAUGAUACAUGGUUCAAGACUAGAGCAAAAGUAUUCCCAAUCUCAUUUAAAAUGCUUAUGCCUUAAACCUUUGUAGAUGUGGAUGUAGUGAAGUAGCAACCCAGAAUCCAGUGCAGUUACAAUGAAGGAAUUCUUUUUUUAAAUCAGUGAGGUUUAAAGUUAAACAACACUUCAAUUUUUGUGUCAUGCUGAACCCUAUGAAUCUUACUUUCAUAAACAGUGUUUAGGGGAGCACCUAACAGCUCUCUCUCUUUUUAAAAUCAGUUUUUAUCUCCCUUUUUAUCAGUAUAUUGCAUUUUCCUACCAGAAGAAAUGUCAAAAGUACAUAAACCAUUGUUUAAGAGCUUUACAGAUAUGGGGUACUGUAAUAGCCCAGUUGAUAACAUGGAUACUUUGAUAUAAACUGUUCUCAUCCCAGUGUCAGAAACAGCGCUUUCUCAACUUUUUUAUUUUUUAAAAAUAAAUUCUCUGUUACCAAUUGUGCUGUUAAGUGUUAAGAAAGUUGUUUUGAGAAAAGUGGUAUUUAGAUCUACUUAAAACAGCAGGAGCUGUUUUCUUCAAUGGCACAGCACUUCUCUUUUGCAAAUGUUCUAUUGCAAUCCGCUGUUAUUAUAAAGCCAAGGGAACACUUAUGCAAAUAUUCCAUAUUUCAAUUUGAGAACAUUGCUAUUCCUUGUACUUGAUCAUCUGAAGCACAAUCUAGUGAUAAGUACUUUUAAAUCCCACUGGAUUCCAAUGGGAAGUGCAAGCACUUGCCAAAAAGCUUUCAUUAAAACCAGUGCAGUGCCUUAAGUUUGACAGAAUCAUACCAGUGAUAUCCAUAGACAGUCCAUAGAACAUUGAAUGAUUGCCAUUGAACUCACUGAGCUUUUAAUCUGAAUACUUAGAUUUACAUAUUUAUAGUUAGAACUGGACAAUAAAUGAAGUGGAACACAGCAGGGUAGCAAAUACUACUACCAUUCGUCUCUUUAACCCUUAGGACUCUAAGUUUCAAAAUCUGUUUGUGAUUUCAUGGAAUUGAAACAGGAUACUUUUCAUACAGAUUAUAGUAGCGGUUCUCAAGUGUAACUAUCAUUUUCAGUUGUCAUUAGCAUCAUUAUUCUAAUGUGCACAUCCCUGAAUUGUUUUUACUUAUUCUGGAGAUAUACAGUGGUACCUCGGGUUACAUACGAUUCAGGUUACAUACGCUUCAGGUUACAGACUCUGCUAACCCAGAAAUAUUACCUUGGGUUAAGAACUUUGCUUCAGGAUGAGAACAGAAAUCGGGCGGCGGUGGCGUGGCAGCAGCGGGAGGCCCCAUUAGCUAAAGUGGUGCUUCAGGUUAAGAACAGUUUCAGGUUAAGAACGGACCUCCAGAACGAAUUAAGUACGUAACCAGAGGUACCACUGUAUGUGCAUAGUAUUACUUUUGCCUAGAUAUUUUCCCAGAUCUUCCACAGUUCACCCAUAAUUUUUUUGAAGGAUUGUUUUUCCUUACAGGAAGAUGCACACUAAUACUGUUUUUUAAAUUCACUCACAUGCCUAUAUACUCACAUGUGAGAGCCAGUGGGGUAUAGUGGUUAAGAGUGGUAGACUUGUAAUCUGGUGAACUGGGUUCGCGUCCCUGGUCCUCCACAUGCAGCUGCUGGGUGACCUUGGGCUAGUCACACUUCUUUGAAGUCUCUCAGCCCCACUCACCACACAGAGUGUUUGUUGUGGGGGAGGAAGGGAAAGGAGAUUGUUAGCCGUUUUGAGACUCCUUAGGUUAAUGAUAAAGCGGGAUAUCAAAUCCAAACUCUUUUUCUUCUUCUUCUUCUCCUCCUCCUCCUCCCUACCCCAAUGUUCUUUGUUAUUAUACACCAAGUUGUCCAGAUUCCUUCACUACAAUAUAACUGCCUACUUUGGGCAGCAUUCUUUUAGCAAUAUCAUUUCUCAUAUGAUUUGUAUUGCAAUCUAGCUCCAUUAGAGAUGAUGAAAAAAAUGUUGAUUUUAAGCAGAUGUGGCUUGCACCUAUAAGUUGGCAUCUGUCUGCCACUUAUAAUUUAUACCAUAGACCUAUUAAUAACACUAUUCCAAACAUACUGUGUUCAUGGUGUGAACUUAAUACUGUAAUAGAUAUGAUCAACAGAUUAUUCUGUUUAAAUUUUACUAGGUUAAAUCACUAUGAGUAUUAUUGGGUGGUUCCAACCAAAUUAUUAGUUUUAAGAAGUCUAUUUCAUUGUUGUUUUCAGCUACUGGUGCCCUUGGAAAAACCCUGUGGCAACAUAAUACUCCUUAAGUAUCUUCAUACAUGUUUGUAUCUUGGCCCCCAGUCCCAGUUAUGACUUAAAACAAUUAAUGAUUAAAUUUUAUUGCUAUCAAUGGCACAGUGAACUUGAUCUUAUUCAUAUUUAUUUAGAGAGAAGUCCCAGUACUUUCAAUGAAACUCAGUCUCAAUAAUUGUGCAUAGGGUUGCAGCCUUAGCCACAGCAAACCAUAGCUGCAGUGGGGCCAAAUGAACUUAGUUGCUCUUCUCCUUCCUCUCUUGGAAUGCAAUAAUUUUCCCGCUGCAAUUCAGUGUUCAAAUAAAUUACUUCUUCUUCAUGGAUCGGUCCUCCAGACUUAUCCUUCCCUUGGGGAAAAGGGGGAGGGGGGAGAACUUCAAGACAUUCUAGUAUAGGGGUUGGCAGAAAACUCUAAACCCCAUUGGAACCAUAAAUCUCUUACUGUUUUAGUCACGUGGAUCCAUACAUACAAACUUACUGAAUAUGGAAUGUUUACUGUGAAAAGUGUCCUUUCUGCCAAAAAGAGGUUUAAUGCUAUUUGACCUCUUGGAUUUAAAUAUUUUCAGGAUGUGCCUCUGGGUAAAUGUAGUAGGAACUUAAAAUAAUUAAGUCAUUAAAUCUACCCCCCCAUCCCAAAGAAUCAAUGGGUUCUGAGCCCUAAAAUGGUGGUGGAGCCCUAAAAUGUUGCAGUGGACCAAUAAUAAGCUGCUUUCAUGACUGAGCUGCACUUUUCCAGAGAGAGAGACUGCAUAAAUCAGGGAAUGUGUAUUAAAGAACAAACCACUUGCCAAGCAUUUAUUUUAGCCAGUGCUUAACCCUAAAAUCCCUUUAAAGGAUAUUCCUAAAUCCUAUGUGUUGAAACCCAAAUGCUAGUGAUUUAUAAUGAAAUAGCAAACAUAUGUUUCUGAUUAACUCGCAGAUUCAGAAGAGGAAAUGAAAGCCUUAGAAGCUGAUUUAUUGACCAAUAUGUAUACAUCAAAGGUAAUGUUUUUCCCCUUUUUGCCACAGAAGGCAUGAAUUCUCAAACAUAUUUGUUUUAGCAUACAAUCAUAAAACCACAGUUUUACAAUAUUCUAUACAAGGUACUGUGCAAAAAUUCUCUUCAAUUUCAAAGACAGUAGAAAACCAAAAUGUAUGGGUGAAGGGAUAGUGAAAAAUUGAUGUUUUCUCAGCUGAACUGUUGAUACACGUACUGAACAGCCAGCAUGGAAUUACGGACUGAGGUACAUUUAUUUGAGGAAGAUAUAUUCCUGGGCAGAAUAUACCUGAUGAAAGUUAAGGUAACAUAAAAUCAAAUAAUGAUGUAACUUUUGAAAAGGUGUGCAAUUAGCAUAUCAAGCCAGUGAAAAUCCAUCCCAAGAACUGCUAGUUUUAUCCAUUUUUAGUGAACCACAAAUUGAUAGAAAAAUUACUUCCAUGGCAUGAAAUCAGUGAAUGAUGGUUCCUUCAUUUUGAGGAUAUUGUAUCCUUCAUGUUUGGUCUCAAAUGGAUGGCCUCAGGAUCCCACAGGUGACAUAUCAAAAUGUGGAACAUAUGGUUUGACAGGCAGGUAGCCAAAGAAAGGGUACCCAAGUAAUAUCUCCUUAAUGUAAGUGAAUAGUUAAUGCUUUGCCAUCAAAAGAUUUAUUGCUCGGGUUAAAAGCAGGAUCCUUGAGACACAAAUGGUUAUCCCCCCACUCCGAAAGAAAAUUUAAUCUAAAUUUUCAUCUAAAUUUUGGCAAGCUAUAGUCAGUAUUACCAUUUUCCAAGUCUUUCACCUGAAAUCCAUAUGAUCAGGACCUUUGUCUUUGCUAGAUCAGGUGAUUGCAGUCUUGUGGCCUUCGUAGAAAUAGCAUUUGUGCUGCUAUUACUAAUUGCUCUAAAAGAGUUCUAUAAUAUAAUUGGGGGGGGGGAGAUUCUCUCUCUCUCUCUCUCUCUCUCUCUCACACACACACACACACACACACACAAGCCACAGGGUUGUGUUUUCUUAGGAUGAUGCCUCAAUAAAAUACUUUUUCUUGGUUAAACUGGGUGAUACCUUGGAGGAAAAUUUAGACUAAUCCUUACUGGAAGACAUGAUCAAAGCCACCAAAAGGCAAUAUACACUCUCACCUAUGGCUAGAAGAGUCUUCACACUGAAGUGAAGCAUAGACCUUGUAAACCAGGAGAUGGGAGCCUGUGGUCCUCCAAAUGUUUUUAGACUAGAACUCCCAUCAUGCCUUAUUAUUGGCCAUGCUGGUUGUGAUUAACAUUAGUUGGAGGCCACAGGCUCCCCAGCUCAGUUAUAAGUGGUUGCUGAGGCAUUAACAGCUGCCCUAAAUUACCUAAGAACCAAAGAACCUAUCUGACACAAAAAUGAGCAAAUUGGUUUCAACAAAAAGAGAUGCAAAUGUAAACUGAAGUUGUGUGGACCCAUAAAGACAAACAGAUUUAUUGUGGCAUAAACUUCCAUGGGCGGCUCUAGUCAUUAAGCUUAGUCUUCAAGGUGACUCAUGACUUUUUGUGUGCGUUUGCUACAGCAGACUAACUCCGCUAACCCCCUUUCGGAUUUAUAACAAAGGGAAUUGCUGGCACUUUUUAAUUUAGAUAUUUGAAAGUAGAAUGACAAAUGCAUCAUUACUUCUGAUGUACAUGCUUUUUCCUUCCCCGGGCCACCACCGCCUACUGUCACCUCAAACAGGUUUUUGAAGGCCAACCUCUCCAAAGCCUGUUUAACAUAAAUGAUGGUGGGCUGAACUCUGGCACUCUGACAACUAUGGAUCUAACAAUCUACCAACAGCUAUCUGAAAUAGCAAUCAUCUAAUAAUCUUCCCCCACCCUCUUUUACUCUGAUAAAAUACGUGGAUAGCACAUUGGUAAAGCAUACCAGAGGAUGGCAUUAAUGAGGCAAACCUUUUCUUCUGGUUUGUGUGAUAUCCUUUGGGAUGAAUUAUCAUGGCUAGGUUCACAACCCAUCCAAUGGCCUUAAACUGAACAGCAUAAAGGGAUGAAGAGAAACAAACAUGAAAGAAAACUGAGUUCUACAAACCUCAGGACUGAACAACAAAGUACCCAACUGCCAUGCUGUCUCGAUUUUGAACAUUUAAAAAAAAUAAUUCAGAAAUGUUACAUUUAUUUCUGGCAGGGUGCAUGCACUUUCAUGAAUGCUUUAUUUCUUUUUCUUUUUUCCUCUUUUUAAAUUCGUGUUCUCCUGUGAUGAAACGAUUCCAUGGACAGGGUUUUUCUUAUGUUUUGAAAGCCAGAUCUCUUGUAUGCAUUGUUCACAUUGCAAAUCUUCUGCACUUCAGCAAAUUGCUCCACAACUCUUGAAAACUUCACACCGUGAUUCUCUUUAGGGCUUCUCUAGACGAUGUGUUUAUUGAACAUUCUUCCCAGUUUGCUAGUGCAAAGCAUAUGCAGAGGUUAAAUUAUGGUCUCCCAUUCAGAGCUUUCAUCCUGCUUUGCGUGUGGGCUGUUCAUAUGUCUUUUCAUUAAUCAUUAAUUCAUCACACACUGUCCAGUGCAAUUCAUUUUUGCUCUCCUAACUUCAAAAAGUAGUUUGGUUAUAUUUAUUUAUUUAUUUUUAAUUUUGUUGAGCAACAUAGCCCAUUCAAUCCACUUCAAUUGAGGAAGCCUAAAUCUCUGGUAUGCCCAUGAAUCCCUCCCACAAAAUAGUUACUUUCUGGAGGUACCAUUAUUUUUCAUUCAUUCAUUUUCAUGGGGAGCCUGCUUGUCCCUCCAGAUGUUGUUGGGCUCCAACUCCUAUCAGCCAUAGAAAGAAGGUCCAAGGAUCAAGGACAAUAGGAGUUCUAGACCAGUAAUCUGGAGGGCAGUAAACCCAUAAGAAUAGCCUGCUGGAGCAAGACAAUGAUCCUGCAAGGCCUCUCCUCUUCCCAGAGGGGAGGGGUUGUGAGUGGGAGCAGCUUCCCGCAGCAGCAGGGAGGCGUAUUCGGCUCCCUGCUUCUGAUUUGCCCCGCUGCCGCGACCAAGCCCUUCAGCUGGCCAAUAGGGCUGGCUGGUGGGUGGGGUUAGCUGCAUUUAAGCAGCCGUGGCAGCGCUCUGUCCCCAGUCUAUUCCUGCUUGCAUCUCCCGCCCUCCUUCCCUUUAGGUCAGUUUCCUCUGUGUAUUGACCUUGCUAUGGACUUCGGUUGGUUGCCUUGGUUGCCCAAAGGACCUGGUAGACUUUUUUUAUCCAUUUAGCAAAUUGGCACCAGCCUCUUGGUUUUUUCACCUACCUCAUAGCAACUUGUCACAACUUUCUGGUAUUUGUGGUUAGGCAUUGGAAUAUGUGUACUGUGUUGGAGGAUUGGGCAUGUCCAUCAUCUACCCCUCCUCUUUUGGGUAUUCCAUUAAAGGAAUCCGGCGGUCAUGGAUCCUGUCAGAUGCCCUGCUGGUGGCACAACCCCCGGUGACAUCAUGGGGAAGCUUCCAGUUGUAUUUGCAUCAACAAGCUCCUCCCACUGGUUGUUAACCCUGAAAUGACUCCCUGCUGAGCGGGGUGGAGUCAUGUAUUGCUGUUUUAUCCAAUGCCUAAGCCAAUACUACUCACAUGAUGUAACCAAUAAAGAUGUGGCCUUAUUUUGCCCAUUAACCAAAAAUAAUGUGUCUUUGUUUCUCAAUAAAAAAAUAUCAUUUAGAUGAAAUCCUAAACAAUCUUUCAGAAGACCGGGCUUUGCCACUUUUUUGUUUUGCUUCCUGGACCCAUCUGUUAUUGCAUCCCGGUAAUUAAGUUGUCAAACGAUCCUGCAAGGCUUGGACAGGUUCAGUUCCAAAGUAACCUUGCUUCAAAAUGUCUUUCUUAAUUAAUUAAAAUUGUCACUUCAUGGGUAAAAGAAAUUCAGGGAGGUCUUGACUGCAAUUUCAAAACAAAACUUUGAUAAAUUUAAUAUUGGUGGGAUGAAAAGGCUCAGUUUGUAGGAUGUGUAGAUCACAGAGUGGGUGCAGUCAGGCUGUCAGAAGCCAUGGAUCAUUUUAGAGGGGAUCAUUGUCUUAAAAGAGGCACUACUGGAUCUUAGAAAGAAUCCUGAAUAUGUGGAUUUAAUCACAUAAUGUAGUUCAGUUAUCCAUUGUGGAUAUUGUGAUGACAAAAAUAAUAGAUUAAAUAAACACAAGCUUUUUGUGAUACUAUAUAGAAAACACACUCAUUUAUGUCUGCUAGCAAGUUUCAUUUUUUUAAAAAAAUGAUAUUUAUUGAAAAAAGAUUUUUUUUUAAAUUACAAAGAAAAAAGACAAAACAGAAAAAUAAAAAUAAAAAAUAAAACCAUCAUUUUCAAAUUCUCCACUUUCAUUACCUUCUUUCUAUGACCUCCUCCUCCUCCCUUUUCUUGUAUCUUGAUUAAUAGUUGUCACAGCAAAUCCUUUCCCUAAUUCAUAGUAUUCUGUCAUUACAUUACCUUACUCUAUUUUCAUCUUAUCUUAUAAAAAACCUUAAAGCUUAAGACUUAAAUCUCAUUUUUAGCAACUUCUCAUAACCAUUACCUUUUUACCUAAUUCUUUAAACAUUUUUACAAGAGCCAAGUAAUUUCAUUUCAACAUUUUUCUAACAUUCAUCCAUUUUAUAAAACAUUCCUAAUGAUAGAAAAAAGAAAUAAGAACAAUCCAAUCUUCUUCCAGCGUCCCUUCCUCCUGGUCCCGGGUUUGUCAGUCCUUUUUAUCCCAUUAGUCUGGCACAUUAACCUGGUGAUCUUAUAUCCGAGGCCUUCAAGUCUCUUCCAUGUCCCUUCCACAGCUCUUCUUCAUAUUUUCCUUUCACUCAUGGGAACUCCAGCUUGGUAGUGUUUUUAACCCUUUUCAACAAAUCAGCCCCUUUCCCAUAGUUCAGACUAGACUCCAUGUGGUAUUUUAAGACAUGUUUCAAAUUCCCUCCAAAAUUGGGAGCCCCCACAGCUCCAAACAUCUGACGGCCCAUUGCCAGACUCGGAAAGUCCAAACAUCUCUGCAUGGGGGGGGUCAAUCCAACCCCCCAUUUCCAAAUCAAUCCAAACUUUAUCUUUCCAAAUCUGGUUUUUUCCAAGUUCAUUUGUCAAAUUCAAAGGCUCAUUUUCCUGCAGGGCCAAAAGUUCCUCCCUUUCUGGCGCCCAAGAUUCAGCAACAUCCUCUUCUCUCAACUGUUCUGUUUCGCUCCACGGAAAAAGCAAUUGACUCACAGUACCGCGCCACUUCCCCCUCUUCGCUUCGGAGCCCGUUAGUGGGUUCCUUUGCGGGUUGGGGGGGGGCGCUAAGGGUGCCUGCCGAGUCCCACGGUCACAGGCUUCAUCCGCCUGUGAUUUCUAAAAGGGUCCCCGCUUUGCCGCAGCGGAAAAGACCCGUUUCGCGCGGAGCUGGUCCCUCCAGUUCAGAGGGAGUCCGCCAUUGCCGAUGGCGCCACCCCGGAAGUUGCAAGUUUCAAUCCUUCAUCCUACAAAUGAAGGGACAAAGGAAGAUGUGGGAAACCUGUGGUCCUCUAGAAGUUGUUGGAUUCCAACUCCCAUCAGUCCUGGCCACCAUGGCCCAAGGUCAGGGAUAAUGAGAGCUUAGCAGCAUCCAGAGGGCCACAUAUACACCAUCCCUAAUUUAUAUGUACAAAGAAAAGAAAUUCUGAAUGUUAGAAGUAAGCUUUCCACUUUGAAAAAUCUCUUAAGGCUCUCUUGAAUUGUCACUUAUCCAACAGCACAGAUGUAACAAGGUUUAUUUUAACUGGCAAAAUAGCAGAAGUCUGGGGAAAUGUUUUGCAUUUGGAGCCAACAAUUCAGUGUCUGUACAUCCAUGGUGGAAAAUUGCUCGAUAGAAUGAAAGUACUCUAGAGAGAGAAUUGUAUCUUUUUUCCAAACUAAUUAACAAAAUUAGUUACAAAGUGUUAAUGAGCUGACAAAAAAACCUUCCCAGUGUAGUAAAAGUGAAGUGUUUUGAUGUUAACACACUUUCCUCAUUUGCAUUCUUAAAUGCAAGGAACAUUGUUUAGGUAAGCAGUGAAGGUGAGACUGACUAAAACAGAAAAACUGGUGAUCCGUAAUCGAAAUGUCAUGCUCAAAGCGGGAGAGGUGGCUCAUCUGUAAGUGAUGGAACUUAGAAGUUCUCCAGAUAAAAUGCAUCCAGUAUUAAAAGAGCCAAAGUUUACUUGAGUUACUUAAGGGAUUCAUCUCUAUUUACAAAGCACAAAGACUUUGUAAAUAAUGUUCAAACCAACCUUAGAGCUAUCAGGAUCCAGGUAACAUUUUUAAGAAGCAUCAGCAGAAAUGUAGAUAUUCAAGAUAUGAUUAAAAGUUAAGGACACUGGAUUGUAACCAUUUCAUUUCUACUCAAAUUACACCUAUGAAAAUCUAUAUCCAUUCACUUCAAUAGGUUGACUCUGAGUAUGACUGGCAUUGAAUACAACCAUAAGCUCAGAUCACUCAAAGACUGAGCAAUGACAGUUGGGAGUGGACAGCCCUAGGAGGUAGAUAUUUGAUUAACUGCCCAUGACUGGGUUGGGAAGAUGAACCCUAUAAUUUUUUUUAAUGUAUGCUAUCACUAGCAUGCCAUCAUUUUGGCCCAGAUGGUGAGCUUAACAAGCUGCCAGGAUCUAGAGCUUUGUGAGUAUCACUGUGACUCUCAGAAUCAAGGGAAAUGAAAUUCUGAUAUGCUGAGAAGCACCUCUAACCUUGUGUCAGCUUGCAGCCUGAAUGACAGCUGCUGAAUCUGCGCUAUAUAGGCAGGGUGGAUGGCAGAACAGAAUAGCAGGCAAAACCUAAUCCUCACAGUUAAACCUUCAGCCUCCUGUGACAUAUGAAGCACUUCUUAGCAUACAGGAACAACAGCUAUAUGGAAGCCUGAGAGCACAUUCAAAAACCUUAUUCUGUUAUUCAAGUGGCACUAUCUACUGAUAACAGGCAAGAACAUCUGACAUGCUGUGCCUGUUGAUCUUUCAGAUAAACAAGGCGAAGCCUCCUCAGUGGAAAAUGACCCUUCUAAAUAUCUGUGACCUCAUCAGCAACAUAAACAACCAGGAAGAGGAUGUGGGUGAUGUUGAAGAAGAAGACCUCCUGUCAAGAAGACAGUUUCCCUCUACUCUUGAUGGCUCUAGUUUGGAAGCAUUGUUGACGUUGUACCAGCUUCAGAAAGUCUGCCACAGCAGAACCUUUCAGCACUGGGAGGUAAGUCAAAUCAUGCUGGGAACCCAAGUUUUGCUUUACUUUGAUCAUAUUACUAUGAAAAAACAUUUUUAUUCAUACAGUGCACAGAUGAAAUUAUUUGUGUGUUUUUUAAUGUUAAACAACAACUGAUGAACUUCUUUUACCGGUCCACAAUAGAAAGUGUCCUUUCAUAUUGUAUCACAGUGUGGUAUGCUGGCCUGACAGCCACAGACAGAAAGUCUCUACAGAGGGUGGUGAAUAAAGCACAUGGUAUCAUGGGCUGUCCCCUGAGUCCGCUAGAUGACAUCGCAAGGGAUUGUUGCCUUAGGAGAGUGAGAAAAAUUCUCAGGGAUGACUCACACCAUAGCCAUCACCUCUUUAAUCUUCUACCCUUGGGCAGGAGAUAUAGAAGUAUAAUCAACCGUACCAACAGGAUAAAAAAUAGCUUCUAUCUGUGGACUGUUAGGCUGUUGAACAAAAAAUAACAUAGUGAAAUUGACUUGUGAGGUGGUGUGUUGUUUGAUAAGAGAUUGAGUGCUUGGGGGUGGGGAGGGAGGCUCAUUUAAUUUCAUUGUACACAGGCUGUACAAUGACAAGAAAGGUAUUAUUAUUCUUUUCCAGUUAGCAAGGUAUUGAAUGAAGACCGCCCAUAGUUUAACAGGUCUUCAGGCUGGUAUUUUUAUUCCUUGAUUAGGAAUGUCAUAGAUUUAUUCCUAAAUGAUGAAGGAAAUUGUAUUGGACCCAGUCUUGCCCUUAAACCUCAGAGUCUGACUUCUGAAGCACAGUAUGCUAAGUAAUACUUUAAAAGACAAGGCAUUAAAAAAGUAUGAAGUCCCAUCUCCUUGACUACUGCAAAUCCCCAACUAGUUCCCAUACAUCUAGAAAUAGAUGGAAAGAGUUCAAAAGGAGAGGGAGUGCAGGUAACAUCCAGUCAGUCUUUAUUUCUGCAUGCAAUACUUUUCUGAUCCUUAGGACACGAAGGGUAUUAUUUUAUUAUUAUUCAUUUCACUUCUAUACAGCUUUCUAUUUUUAAGGGGGGAGGGAAUCUCAAAGCAGUUUACAAGACUUUAAAACAUCAAAUAGAACAAUCCAGAAUAAAACAUUCAAAUAUUGGAAGUAAGUCAGAUAUAAAUUAUACAUUCGAAACAACACAAUUAACAGGAAACUAAAAUAUUUUCUUAAAUAUUUCAAAUGAUUUCUCCAGUUGGAGUUGGGGGGGAUCCCUAUUGGGUAACGGGAGUUGUUGGGGAAAGUUGGUGUAAUUGUUCACUCAUGUUGACAAUUCUAUAGUAAUUGAUUAGCUCAUAUUACACGGUAUUAACUUUAGGCAGCAUAGAUGAUAGAUGAUAGAUAGAUAGAUGAUAGAUAGAUAUGAUUCAGAUGUGCUCCUCUCACUAAAAAUCCAUAGGAAAACAAUGAUUCCAUAUUAUCUUGUUAUUACCAACAGUUACUUCAGCAAGAUGUUUAUGACCCUGAAAAUGCAAGCCAAGAUAAAGAUCUGAUGAAGAGGAAAACUCCUUACAUUCUGAAACGGCAACUGCACGUCAACAAAGCCCGACGACCAUACAUACUGAAGAGGAGUUCAUAUUACUGA